ACAGUAUCUUAUUUGAUAUUACUAUUUCCAGAUAUAUGAUAUUUUCCAACUGCUGCCACCAAAGAUUCAAGUGGGUGUUUUCUCUGCUACCAUGCCGCCAGAGGCCCUUGAAAUUACUAGGAAAUUCAUGAACAAGCCUGUGAGGAUUCUUGUGAAGCGUGAUGAGCUCACUCUUGAAGGUAUCAAACAAUUUUAUGUCAAUGUUGAUAAGGAAGAAUGGAAGCUUGAAACUCUUUGCGAUCUUUACGAGACCUUAGCCAUCACCCAGAGUGUCAUCUUUGUUAAUACCAGGCGUAAGGUUGAUUGGCUCACUGAUAAAAUGCGCAGCCGUGAUCACACUGUAUCUGCAACUCACGGAGACAUGGACCAGAACACUAGAGAUAUCAUUAUGCGAGAGUUCCGAUCCGGGUCAUCUCGUGUGCUCAUCACCACUGAUCUUCUGGCACGUGGUAUCGAUGUGCAGCAAGUUUCCCUUGUGAUUAACUAUGACCUUCCGACUCAGCCAGAGAACUACCUGCAUCGUAUUGGUCGUAGUGGACGUUUUGGAAGGAAGGGUGUUGCUAUCAACUUUGUCACAAAGGACGACGAAAGGAUGCUUUUUGACAUUCAGAAGUUUUACAAUGUUGUAAUCGAGGAGUUGCCAGCCAAUGUGGCCGAUCUCCUUUGAGGUUGUUUUGGUUAUGUGAGAUGAAUUCUUCCUUACAUGAAGUAAUUUAAUAUCUUAUUCUUAGGUUAGUUAGAAUGCUACCAGGCUUGGAAUUGGGAAAUGCAGGUGCCAUGAUUCACCAUGGAACCUGUAAAUCUUCAAUUUGGUUGGACUAUCGACUAUAAAUUUUAUCGGUUUGCCUUUUGUAUUGUAAGUCAACAACAACUUAAGUUUUUGGAUGUUCUUUGAAAUUUUAUUGAGAUUUAACUACUAUUGUGUAUGAGGAAUCUUUUAGAGGCAAAUUGUUUUGUUUGAACUGUG